AUGAAGUCCUCGUGCCGUCGCUUCGGAGGCCUUUUAGGAGGAUUACGAGGAGGAAAAGGAGAACAGCUUCACCACUCGUUGUUCGUGUCUUCGUUUUCCUCCUCCUCUCGGAGCUAUCAAGUGCAACAUUCCAAAGACGACCAAACGGAGACGAAGCGUUUGUUGGAUUUACUCAACAAGAAACGCGCGAACGGAAACUACGUCGAAGGAGGAUUAUUCGAACACGAAAACCACCGAAACGAACGGACGAAGCAAAAACAGACGCUCCUUUUAUACCGCAAAGCUCUGAGACAAGCGAAACGGUUCCCAGACCCGACGUUGAGACAUUUCGGGUACCACAGAAUAGCGGAGCAAUUCAGACGACACAGGUGUGAACUCGCCAAGAAGAAAAUACGCGUGUGGAAGAAAGAGGCGACGAAGCAAUCGAGACGGAUGGAACGCGCGAUACGAGGCGACCGGGACGAUUACAGACACUUUCUCGAGUUAGCGUACGGGGUGAAAGGAAGGUUUGGGCAUUUGAUGCGUCGAUUUGAAGAGGAAAGGAAAAUUGAAAAGACGAGACGCCAGGAGAAGUUUCUCUUGAAACCAAUCGACGAAGAGACGAUGGAGACGUUUUCGGUGAAGAAUUUAGUGAGGAUGGUGGAAGAUGCGAGUUUGAGAGAAGGGGCGAAGUUUGAGGAACAGAUGGAGGUUUUGAAGAGGAAAGUGCCGACGUUUUACUACGAUCGUCGCAAAAGUUUUAGUAGGAAGAGCGACAAAAGUAAGAGUAACGAUAGCGAUUCAUCAGACGACAUAUUCGCGUACGAAGACUCUCGCGCGCGAUCGAGAGCGACGGAAGAUGCCAUCGACGCGAUAGAAUUAGGAGAUGUUGAAGACGACGCGGAAGAAAAAGCAGAAAAAGAAGAAGUCAUACUAUUACGAUCCAAACUCAAACACUGGCACGUUCACGAGGACACCGCGUUUGAAAAAUACGCGCCGAGUCGACUGUAUCACGGAUUCGACGGCAACUGGGAGAAUAAUCACGUGGCAAUGCUGAAAUCUAUUUUCGAACCGACGAUGAUUGAUCGAUUAGAUUUCAUGCCUCGCAAAUGGUUUCGAACGUACCGAAGGACUUUAUUCGAAUUGGAAGGCGAAUCGAAUUCUUCGAACAAAAGCAACAAAAAUCAGCAAAACGUCAGCAAAAUCUCCUCGGACGCGUUGAAAGACGUCCAAAGAACCACGCCUUUACGAAUAGUCUUACCCGCGGAAAGUGACGACGAACAAAAAGAACGAGAGUAUUCAAACGUCAGCUAUAAUACUAAAGAAGGAGAACACGAAGAAAAAUCAAUGUUGUCCGCGAACAAAAACAGGAGCACGAAAGCGGGAAAGAUAAAACUCGCCGAGAGUACCCUCUACGCGGAUUAA